AUGGGAUCAAAAGCAUCCAGGGACUAUGUACCUAAAGAAGAGGUUGAAAAAUAUAGUAAGUAUGUUCUGCUAGCUGAAGAAGCGGCGGAGCUUUCAGAGAGAAUAUUGACAAAUAUACUUGAAUCUAUAAGUAAACUUAUUAAAGUAUCUACAGAGACAGAGCCAAGAAAUCUUAUGAAGCUUCUGGAUUAUUCCAUAGGAUUUAAUGGAAUAGUAGAGUUCGAUGAUGAUGAAGUCCCACCUCUAUAUCCUGAUGAAACCCAGAAUUGUUGGAGCCUAGUAGCGGUAACGUUAACGACUAUCGCAAUUGCACUUCCUGGCAUUUCAAAUAGCCAUGUCAAAGAAUUACUUGCUAGUUUUUCAGUCAAUGCAGUUUCCGUCACAUUGAUUGCCAUAUCAAUGAAGCUGCCAGUUGAUCUAAGUGCAAACACGGAGGAUGACAUCUUUGCAAGGGAUGUCAGCAUUUUUUCUUGGUCACCAUGUUAUGUCAAGCCUUCUAAGAAAUGGAGCAAGAACCAUCUAAAUGUGUUCAAAGUUGAAAAGCAAUGGAUAGAAAGACUUCAGCAAUGGAACGCAUCCACGUCCGUUCUCAUAUUCCAGGGCGCCAUUGCAAAAAGGUUUUCAUCUGGUUUAAAGGGGGUCAAAAAUGACUACGUAAGUAAAGAAGAGGUGGAAAAAUAUGCCAAGUAUGUUAUGCUAGCUGAAGAAGAGGCGAACCUUUCAGAGAGAAUAUUGACAAAUAUGCUUCAAUCUAUAACUAAAGUUGUUAAAGUAGCUGCAGAGAAGGAGCCGAGAAAUCUUAUGAAGCUACUUCUAGAUAAAUCUACAGGAUUCAAUGGAGUAAUAAAGUUCGACAAUGAUGAAGUCCCUCCUCUAUAUCCUGAAGAAGUCCAGAAUUGUUGGAGCCUAGUAGCGAUAUAUUCUGUGCUUGCUUUACCACUUACCACGUGUCAUAAAAUGAAGUGUCAUCACGAUGCAAUAGAGAAAAGGAGGGACAGUAUCCAGAUUGCUGCUCAGCUUCUUGGUAAAUCCAAAAAGAUUCUUGAGAUCCUCGAAGAUCGCCAACUUCCACAUUUAGAUUUAGACUCGAUGGCCUAUAUCAAUAAGUGGCGAGCUUUGCCAAAUAGUCAACACCUAACCGUUGUACUUCUUCAACCAGAGUUCAGCUUAUUUCUUCGAGUUCUAGUGAUUGCUCAUUGUAACUGUCGU